CGCUGAGGCGGCGGAAGGCGCGGUCGCGCGGUGAUGACGUCAGAGCGGCGCCGGGCGACGGAGCGGGCCGAGCCGCGGGCAUGGCCCAGCUGGGCGCCAUCGCUGCGCUGUCCCUCAGCUUCCUCGCCGCCGCCUUCCUCUCGGCCAUCCACAAGAUCGAGGAGGGGCACAUCGGCGUCUACUACCGCGGCGGCGCGUUGCUGACCUCCACCAGCGGGCCCGGCUUCCACCUCAUGCUGCCCUUCAUCACGUCCUACAAGUCAGUGCAGACCACGCUGCAGACGGAUGAGGUGAAAAAUGUUCCUUGUGGUACCAGUGGAGGAGUGAUGAUUUAUUUCGACAGGAUCGAGGUGGUGAAUUUCCUCAUCCAGAGCGCAGUGUACGACAUAGUGAAGAACUACACCGCUGACUAUGACAAAGCUCUCAUCUUCAACAAGAUCCACCAUGAGCUGAACCAGUUCUGCAGUGUCCACACGCUGCAGGAGGUCUACAUCGAGCUGUUCGAUCAGAUUGAUGAAAACCUUAAACUGGCGUUGCAGCAAGACCUGACUACGAUGGCCCCUGGAUUAAUUAUACAGGCAGUUCGAGUUACAAAGCCAAACAUCCCUGAAACAAUCCGGAGGAAUUAUGAGCUCAUGGAGAGCGAGAAGACGAAGCUGCUGAUCGCAGCGCAGAAGCAGAAGGUGGUGGAGAAGGAAGCGGAGACGGAAAGGAAGAAAGCCCUCAUCGAGGCAGAAAAAAUUGCACAAGUUGCUGAAAUAACGUAUGGACAGAAAGUGAUGGAAAAGGAGACGGAGAAGCGAAUUUCGGAGAUUGAAGAUGCUGCAUUUCUUGCAAGAGAGAAGGCCAGAGCGGAUGCUGAAUGCUACACUGCUAUGAAAAUAGCCGAGGCUAACAAGCUGAAGUUAACUCCCGAGUACUUGCAGCUGAUGAAAUACAAGGCUAUCGCGGCGAACAGCAAGAUCUAUUUUGGCAAAGAUAUUCCCAACAUGUUCAUGGACUAUGCGGGAAGCCAGACCAAAUUUGCAGAGGGACUGGCAGAAGGGAUCCGAGAAGAGGAUGGGGCAGGAGCCAGCGAGGACACAAAACUACUUCAUAACAUCAACUGAAAAGAUUUCUAUCCGUUUUAUAUCAAAAGAAACAUGAACUGGGAAGUUUGGUUUUGUUUUCCCUCCUUAUUGAAAGAGAUGGAUCUGAUUUAAUCCUUUCAGUCUUUUGUAUGACAAUUAGGCGCAAACACUUAGGUAUUGAUGGGGUGUUUUUCAGGUAAUUUCCAGGCAGCCAUCUCCAGGUAUGUCCCAGAUGCCCCUGUCCCUGCUCUUGGACAUCCAGACCCAAUCAUUCCGGAGCGGCAGCUGGAGUGUUCUGCAGCCAGCUUACAUGGGUGCUUUCUUAAUUUUGGGUUGAGGUGGUUUGUAGCAGUCGGAAGUGAAGAAAUGUUGCGGUUUGGAGGGAGGGGAGUUGCUGCUACUUUUUUUUCUUGCUGGCAAUUUCGAGUACUCUAUUUCAACCCCCUUUUUAAACAGAGGUGCUGGAUUUUGACACUGGCGUGUCUGCGAAGGACCUGGUCCCCGCGCAGGGCACCGAGCCUUAGACCGGCUGUCACGCGGGGGCCCAAACUUCAUUUUCUGCAUCUUAAUGCUGGUUUGGUUUCUGUUGGCUGUAUUUGGGGAGGGCAAAGGGGAGGCGGUGUUCUGGGGCUUUUGCCAGCAGUUUGGGUGCCGGGGUGCAGGCGUGCUGCUGGAUAGCUGGGCUUGGUUUUUGGCAAAACCAGACUGCAAGCAUGAUAUUGUCACAGCCGUCAUAGUCAGAACAACGAGGGAGAAAAGCAUUUUUGUCUCGGGGACCCUGACUUUGCAAAAAGCCUUAUUGGCGAGUGUCUGUGUGAAUGACCAGUCCGUGGUCGUUACAGGACGUUUUCUGCCUCUGCAAGACCAGCUGGAUUUCAGUGUUGAUAGGGUCUCACUAGAAAGAGGAUGUUCAGGUGAACUGAAAUGAGUGGAACUGAGUCACAGUUGGUUUUGGUUUGGGGUUCUCGAUUUUGUUUGGUGUUUUUUUUCUGAACAGACCUUGUGAGAGGACGAUUUCCUGGUAGCAAAGGACACAAAACUUCCUACUGAGAAGUCAGAGUCAACAAAAGAACCUCUGGGCUGUCCAAAGAUAACUUUUCCUUUUUCGCUCAGAACAUAACGUACCUUUCAUUUCAGAAAACUGAUUAAAUCUUCACAGACCAGAUGCAGAGAGGUAAUAAGGUUUUGUGUGACGCACAUGCGAAGCUUGAAGGGGUGUUAGAGACAAAAGUUCAGGCCUAAAGAGAACUUGGUUUUUUCUCUCCCUGAUCCAUCUGCCACUUGGCAGGAGAGCCUGUUUAUUAAUUGCUGUUACAAUUUGCGGCCAAUAUGGUAAUAGGAGAUGAAGCGAGUUGAAGUGCUGACUUAGUUGUCAGAGACCAGCCUAUUUAUUGCAUUUACAAUCUUGUGCCCCAAACGCUUGCUACCUACGACCCUUGGUUUCACUCCUCAGUGUUUUAAAUGUGCAUUAAUGUUUUCCAUAAGGCGAUCACACUAAGAUAGAAAUCUGAUGAAUUACAGCUGCUGGUUCCAGUGUUUUUACUUGAGUUUUCUUUUCCCUGUUAGGAAAGUGACUUGAAAAUGCAAAAUGAAAGAUAAGCAUCAGUUUCUGCUGGAGAAAAGUCCCAUCUCCUACUGGAAAAUAGGAGCUAAGGGAAGUUCCCUCUCCAGACCUAUUAGACAACGCAGCGGUCAGAAAAAUGCAUCACUAGGUAGGCUGUAAUAUUGCCGACUUUUAUAAAUAGGUCUCUGCAGGAAGAUUAUGAACAGGGAUUAGCAGAAACUUAGGAAUGAGGUACCAGAACCUCAGCCUUUGAGGAUGAUCUCAUUGGGGUUGUUCUACGUUCACGUUAGAGAUUUCCAUUAGUAACUAAACUCUACUUUUUAUGCCAGCAUUUUUCACUAAUGAAAAGACCCAGAUAAGCCAAAGUGGUAUUAUAAAGUAUGUUUUUGUAUGACUUCAUGGUAAGACAAUAGUUUGGAAAAAAUAGGUCUUAAUGCUUUUUUAAAUUGAAAACAUUACUGCUAAAGUAUUCUUGUAAUUUAAAUUGUAAUAAGGGUAAAAAAAGGCAAAAACAAAGUUGAAACCAUGCCAGUCUUCACAAGCCCAAAUCCAUUGAUGCAUUUCAUUUGGCUUUCUUCAUUGUAUGUAUAGCUCCCUUAAUUUUCCAGACUAGAUCCGUCACUACAUGUAAAUCUGUAUUCCAUCUAUCUCUGUGUAGUUUUGUCCUAAUUUCUAUAACCUGAGCUCUUGAGAGGCAGAUCUGAGUUUUAAACCCACUCUGUGUAACAAAGGAAAUGCAGGUUUGUGGCACUGCUGAUACCCAAGAGCCGCCGGCGGAGCGCGGUGACGCUUCACCAGUACAGUCCUUGAUCUCCUUACCGAUUGAACUCGAAGCCUUUUUAUUUUGGUAUUUGCUAUGACAAUAAAAUGGCCUUCAAUUUUAA